AUGUCAGAGGUGGUUCUGGAGUUCCGGGCCUCUGCCGGGGACUCGGAGCCUCAGAAACGCCCGGUUCUGUUGCUCGGGACUCGGGAGAAUCUGCUGCAGCUGAACUGGACCCAGGUCAAAGGGAAACUGGAGCCCGCGGUCUGCAAAGAGACCUGGCAGGCGGCGCUCUCUGCACUGAACCCAAACCCUACUGACAGCUGUCCUCUGUAUCUGAACGUGGCCACAGUCGCCUCGCUCCCAGCCAGAGUCAGCCGCCACAACAGCCCGUCUGCGGCGCACUUCCUGUCCCGCCUGGUGCGCUCUUGUCUUCCCACCGGAAACAACCGCUGCAUUGUGAUGGUUUGUGAGCGCUCUGAUGUCUUUGCCUCGGCCUGUGCCAUCUCCAGAGCCUUCCCGCUCUUCUCCCGCCGCUCCUCAGCCUCACGGCGAGCGGAGAAGAAGCGAGUGACGGUGGAGUUUGUGACGGUGGGAGCAGACAGCAGUCCUCUGGGAGCCCCAGAGCUGCAGUGUUUGUCGAACGCGUCCGAUGGCGUCCGGCUGGCGGCUCGCAUCGUAGACACUCCGUGCAACGAGAUGAACACGGACCACUUUCUGGAGGUUUCACUUUGGAUUCUUUUGAUGAAAAUAACCAGGAAAAUAAAGCAGUUACUAUGA